GCAUCAGUGACAUCCUCUCCACUACACAGCACAUCACAUCUCCGCCAUGCGUCCCAUUUUGCUUCAGGGCCACGAGCGUUCGCUCACCCAAAUCAAAUACAACCGUGAGGGAGAUCUGCUCUUCUCCGCGUCCAAGGAUCAUGUCAUCAAUGCCUGGUUCUCCCACAAUGGCGAGCGCCUCGGCACAUAUGAAGGACACGUUGGUGCUGUCUGGACGGUUGAUGUCAACUCGACCACAACUCUCUUGGUCUCUGGAUCGGCCGACAACACUGCCAAGCUGUGGGAUGUCUCGAACGGAAAGUGCUUAAAGUCAUGGGAGUUCAACACCGCCGUCAGACGUGUUCAGUUUUCAGAGGAUGACAAGAAGGUUCUGCUGGUCACUGAGCCUCGUAUGGGUUACCCUGCCACUCUCCAGAUCUUCAACGUCGAGAACGGUGUCACUGAGAAUGUUUCGUCUGAACCUUUGAACGUCUUCCACCCCGAUGGACCCAAGAUCACUGUUGCCGCUUGGGGACCCCUGGACAGAUACAUUGUCGUUGGCCGUGAGAACGGCUCUGUUGCCUUGAUGGAUCCUCAGACUGGAGACUACAUCAGCACCAACAAGGUCCACGAGCUCACGUUGACUGAUCUCCAGAUGUCGACAGACCGUACCUACUUCAUCACUGCUUCCAAGGACAAGUCUUCCAAGAUUAUCGAGACCGAGUCAUUGGAGGUUCUGAAGACGUACACAACGGAUACGCCCCUGAACUCUGCGGCGAUUAUGCCCAAGGUUCAGGAGUUUGUGGUGGUCGGAGGAGGACAGGAGGCCAUGGAUGUCACAAGGACCAGCAGCCGACAGGGCAAGUUCGAGUGCCGUUUCUGGCACAAGAUUCUGGAGGAGGAAGUCGGACGUGUCCGUGGACAUUUCGGUCCCAUCAACACGAUCGCUAUCCACCCCGAUGGACGUUCCUUCGCCAGUGGCGGAGAGGAUGGUUAUGUCCGUGUGCAUCAUUUCGACGACGACUUUUUCACCUUCAAGUUCCAGAUCUAAAAAUCGCAUCGUUUUUUUUUCUCUCGGUUACCUGCUUUCCCCCUCUUUUUCCUUGCUUUACAAUAAAGUCAUGGCAUAAUCCGCCUUUCAAGUCAA